AUAACCUUCCCCACCGCGCCCGCCUUCUCCAUCCUCGCGACCCAGAGCCCGAGAACCCCGCUCCAAAGCCCUAACCCUAGGCCAUCCCCUCUCCCUCCCCUCAACCCUCGUCGACUCCGCGCGCGCCUGCGUUCCAGGAGCUUCCGCUGCCGGCGGCGCCAUGGCCUCAGAGACCGAGACCUUCGCCUUCCAGGCGGAGAUCAACCAGCUGCUCUCGCUCAUCAUCAACACCUUCUACUCCAACAAGGAGAUCUUCCUCCGCGAGCUCAUCUCCAACGCCUCCGAUGCGUUGGAUAAGAUCAGGUUUGAGAGCCUCACUGACAAGAGCAAGCUGGAUGCUCAGCCAGAGCUGUUCAUCCACAUUAUCCCUGACAAGGCCACCAACACACUCACCCUUAUCGACAGUGGCAUUGGUAUGACCAAGUCAGACCUCGUGAACAACCUUGGUACCAUUGCAAGGUCUGGCACCAAGGAUUUCAUGGAGGCAUUGGCUGCUGGUGCCGAUGUGUCCAUGAUUGGUCAGUUUGGUGUUGGUUUCUACUCUGCUUACCUUGUUGCUGAGAGAGUCGUUGUGACCAGCAAGCACAACGAUGACGAGCAGUAUGUGUGGGAGUCCCAGGCUGGUGGCUCCUUCACUGUGACACGUGAUACUACUGGAGAGCCCCUUGGAAGGGGUACUAAGAUCACCCUCUACCUCAAGGACGAUCAGUUGGAGUACCUUGAGGAGCGUCGCCUUAAGGAUCUGGUGAAGAAGCACUCCGAGUUCAUCAGCUAUCCCAUCUCCCUCUGGACGGAGAAGACCACUGAAAAGGAAAUUUCUGACGAUGAAGAUGAGGAUGAGAAGAAGGAUACUGAGGAGGGCAAGGUUGAGGAAAUUGAUGAAGAGAAGGAAGAAAAGGAGAAGAAAAAGAAGAAGAUCAAGGAGGUUUCUCACGAGUGGAACCUGAUCAACAAGCAGAAGCCUAUCUGGAUGAGGAAGCCUGAGGAGAUCACCAAGGAUGAGUAUGCUGCCUUCUACAAGAGCCUGACAAACGACUGGGAGGAGCACCUUGCCGUCAAGCACUUCUCUGUGGAGGGUCAGCUUGAGUUCAAGGCCGUCCUCUUUGUUCCCAAGAGGGCCCCCUUUGACCUCUUUGACACGAGGAAGAAGCUCAACAAUAUCAAGCUCUACGUGCGCCGUGUCUUCAUCAUGGAUAACUGUGAGGAGCUGAUCCCAGAGUGGCUGAGCUUUGUCAAGGGCAUUGUUGACUCUGAGGAUCUUCCCCUGAACAUCUCCCGUGAGACACUCCAGCAGAACAAGAUCCUCAAGGUGAUCCGCAAGAACCUUGUGAAGAAGUGCAUCGAGCUCUUCUUCGAGAUUGCCGAGAACAAGGAGGACUACACCAAGUUCUAUGAGGCUUUCUCCAAGAACCUCAAGCUCGGCGUCCACGAAGACUCCACCAACAGGACCAAGCUUGCGGAGCUCCUGAGGUACCACUCCACCAAGAGUGGUGAUGAGCUUACCAGCCUCAAGGACUAUGUGACGAGGAUGAAGGAGGGCCAGAACGACAUCUACUACAUCACCGGUGAGAGCAAGAAGGCUGUGGAGAACUCUCCCUUCCUUGAGAAGCUGAAGAAGAAGGGCUACGAGGUGCUGUACAUGGUUGACGCCAUUGAUGAGUACUCCAUUGGCCAGCUCAAGGAGUUUGAGGGAAAGAAGCUGGUCUCUGCCACCAAGGAGGGCCUCAAGCUUGACGACAGCGAGGAAGAGAAGAAAAGGAAGGAGGAGCUCAAGGAGAAGUUUGAGGGGCUCUGCAAGGUGAUCAAGGAUGUGCUGGGUGACAGGGUCGAGAAGGUUAUUGUCUCUGACCGCGUCGUUGACUCUCCAUGCUGCCUCGUCACGGGCGAGUACGGCUGGACUGCCAACAUGGAGAGGAUCAUGAAGGCCCAGGCCCUGAGGGACACGAGCAUGGGCGGCUACAUGUCGAGCAAGAAGACGAUGGAGAUCAACCCUGAGAACGCCAUCAUGGAGGAGCUGCGCAAGCGCGCCGACGCGGACAAGAACGACAAGUCGGUCAAGGACCUGGUGAUGCUGCUGUUCGAGACCUCGCUGCUCACCUCUGGCUUCAGCCUCGACGACCCCAACACCUUCGGCACCAGGAUCCACCGCAUGCUCAAGCUGGGCCUGAGCAUCGACGAGGAUGACGAGCCUGCUGAGGCUGACACGGACAUGCCGCCGCUGGAGGAGGACGCCGGCGAGAGCAAGAUGGAGGAGGUCGACUAGGCGUGUGCAUUUGCUGCUAUCCAAGUCGUAGAGCUAGCUCAUCUUUUGGUUACUGUCGCGUGGUCGGUUUGUCUUUGUGGUUUACUGUGCCUAGCCUGGACUGAUGGGGCUAGGGGAUGCUGGUCUAUGGAGUGCCCGGAACUGCGUAUCGUAAUCGUUGCUUAUAUAUAUCAUCGUAGUAUCUACCAGCUUAAUUGAUUAAGCUAUUUCUGUUUAA